AAACGACUAACUGAAACGGCAGCAUUUCAAUAGUCCUUUCCUUGUACGCUGCCGUUUAGCUCUGCUUCUUCAAUCUUCUUCUUCUUCUUCUCAUUCUGCACAGAAGCAGAGCCUUCUCCAAUGGUUGCUGCAACACAGCUGGGUUGACCAGUGUCAACCUCCUUCUUCAAUACUCACCCUCGCCACCUUACUGUUAGCUAGUGACUGUGUUCAUCAAGACCGGUCGUCGACGAAAUGGGUAGCGGAGAAGAGGCGGUGGAGGUGAUCCAUGCAUGGUCAGCUCCGAGGUCUCUCAGCACCAGCCUCAUGUACUCUUUUGCUCAGAGAGAUGACACUGAAGUUCUUGACGAACCUCUGUAUGCAACUUUCCUAAAAUCGACUGGUGCGGCAAGACCAUGCAGAGAGCAGGUUCUAAGCUCCAUGGAAGCCGAUGAAGAAAAGGUUGUAAAAGAUGUAAUAUUCGGUCCAGGAAGAAAGAAGUACAGAUUCUGCAAGCAUAUCUCGAAACAAAGGUUGCCUGGUUUGCCCAGUGAUUUGAUGAAGAAAGGGAAGCACUUCAUAUUGAUACGCAGCCCCCUUGAUAUCUUGCCCUCUUUUGAUAAAGUUGUGCCCCCAUCGUUUUUCGAGUUAGGUCUAGCAGAACUAGUCUCGGUAUACAGUGAUCUCUGCAAAUUGGGAAGCCCUCCACCAGUUAUUGAUGCAGCAGACCUUGAGCAAGACCCUGAGGCUACACUGCGUGGUCUUUGUGAAGACUUGGAUAUACCUUUCCAGAGCUCAAUGCUCAGCUGGGAAGCUGGUCCUAAAGCAUAUGAUGGAGUUUGGGCUCCGUGGUGGUAUAAGAGUGUGCAUGAAUCAACAUGUUUUGCCAAAGUGAGAAAGUAUCCCAUGCCAUUUCCAUUUGGCCUUUAUGACUUGUUGGAAGAAGUCUUGCCUUUGUACAAUGUUCUUAAACAUCGCGUAAAGCGUUCAUCAAACCUUCUGAAGAGCCCGCUACCUCCCCCUGAUCUUCCAGUGCCUGAAAAUGAGAAGCUUCUAGCAUGGGUUGGAGAUGAGAUCCUUCCUCGAGAUAGUGCCAAGGUAUCUGUGUUCGACUCGGUUGUCCAAGGAGGCGAUUCAGUGUGGGAGGGUCUACGCGUUUAUGACGGAAAGGUAUUUAAGCUCGAGGAGCAUUUAGACAGGAUGUUUGACUCAGCGAAGGCUUUAGCUUUUAGUAAUGUUCCAACUCGGGAUGAGAUCAAGGAAGCCAUCUUCAGAACUCUUAUUACGAAUGGAAUGUUCAAUAAUGCACACAUAAGAUUGUCUCUUACACGUGGAAAGAAGGUUACUUCAGGGAUGAGCCCUGCGUUUAAUCUGUACGGAUGCACGUUAAUUGUACUUCCUGAAUGGAAACCCCCUGUUUAUGAUAAUGCACAUGGCAUAACUCUUGUGACUGCUACCACAAGGCGGAACUCGCCAAAUAAUUUAGAUUCAAAGAUUCACCACAACAACCUUCUUAACAACAUCCUUGCUAAGGUAGAAGGGAAUAAUGCAUCAGCUGAUGAUGCCAUCAUGCUUGACAAGGAUGGCUACGUUUCCGAAACAAAUGCUACGAAUAUUUUCUUAGUGAAGAAAGGUCGUGUUUUGACACCGCAUGCAGAUUAUUGUCUCCCUGGCAUCACUCGAGCUACUGUUAUGGAUCUUGUGGUCGAGGAGAAAGUCGUAUUAGAGGAGCGAAGGAUCAGCCUUUCAGAGUUUCACACAGCAGACGAGGUAUGGACCACUGGAACAAUGGGGGAGAUUACCCCGGUGGUGAAGAUCGAUGGACGCCAAAUUGGUGAUGGCCAAGUGGGGAGCGUCACGAAGAGGAUUCAACGAGCUUACAAGAAUCUCACCCACGACUUUGGGGUGCCUAUCCCUACCUACGAGAGAAGCUGAAUGAAACAUAGCUUCUUGAAGUUAAGUAUACUAUUACUCUGAUGCAAAAUCUGGAGAGGGGAGAGAGUGAGGUAAUAACGAGUCAUGUAAACAAAGUUCAAACUAUUUUCAUUGAUCUCUUAAGAGCUUUAGACCGAAGCUGGCGUGAUUGUAAGUUUCAACAAUCAAAGCUAAGUGCAUUGAUGUUGUUCUUGCCCCUACCCUUAUGAUCAAAUUGUACACGGAUUAACGAUGGUCCAAUACCGCUUCUGCUUACCAUUUCAAGGACGCUGGAAUCCCGUCAUCGGGAUUGCGUUAAUCUUAAACCAAAAUUUGUCACCAAGAAUAUGUUUGUCUUUCAUAACGUCGAAAGGAUCGGCUGUGUUGGACGGUUAUAAUUAUAUUUAUGUUAAAAUUAGAACAACAAAUGAAUUUUGGUUUAAUAAAAAAAUAUUUAAUCG